AUGUCUGGUACAAAGAUAGACUCAGAAAACCCAAAGGAAAAGAUGAUAACCCUCGUCUUCUAUGUUGCUAUUGGUCUCUCAUUCUUCGCAAUGUGCUUCAAACUCAUGCAGGAGGAGGCAAUGAACAAAUUGCGUCGAAUUGGCCAACGAAUGGGCAUUCUCAAGCGGCCGGAGGAGGGGCAGGCGGCUAACGUCAUCGAAACCACUGACACCAACCCGCUACUCCCCUCCGACGGGGCUGCAGCCAUCAUAGUAACCACCAACACGCGUGCCAACACGUCCCGCUCCCUCGGGUAUCGCUCGGCGUUAUGA